AUGGCAGCCGGCGACAAGCAGCCCGCCAAGUCCACGCGCGUUCGCGGCCCCGACCUGGAGCGCAACGUCGGCGGGCAUGCAUCCGCAUCAGGCGGCGACAACCCCAGCCGAGCUGGCCAGAUCCGCCGCAGAGGCCGCGACCUAGGCGCCGAGAUCGACCGCGACGGCGCGAACGCGCCGGCUCCGUCAAUGGAGCUGCCCAUCUACAACACCCCCAACAAGAACAUGCUCGCCGCGCAAGCCGCCGCAGAGGAGCUGCGUGGCCUCGAAGGCGAAGAGUUACGCCGCCAGACCAUGCGGGUGACUGAGUUGCUGAAGGCUGCCAACCGGCAGUCGAAAGACCCCAGGGGGAUGGUGCCCUUCAGCCGGGACGAUCCGCCGCCAGUGAAAUUCGCGCGGCAGUCGGUCGAGGACGGGGACCUGGCGCUGAAACCAGAGGAGGAGGAGCAGGGGGUGGAUGUGCCAACUUCUUCGGCGCCACUUCGCGUGGUGCCCAUAUCGGUGAGGCCGCCUGCAGCUUCUUCGUCUGCACCCAAGGGGCGAAAGUGGACCACCGCCCAGCUCGAGGCGGUGCUCAAGAAGCAGCGCCGGAUGGGCCCGAAGCCGGUCCCGGAAGCAGCCGGGGCCGCGAUCAAGUUUACCAAGGGCGCCGGCUCUGGCCCGGCCCCUGGUGUUGUGUCGCCGCCGCCUCUACAACGGCAAAGGAGGGAGCCGACUCCGCAGCCCCCGCCUCGGGUGCGCACGCCGCCAGCCAUCCCGCCGCCUGCUGCGGGGGCGGGGUCUUCUUCCUCUGCAGCUCUGCCAAGUGCUCCUGGCUCCGGCUCCCAAGGCGAGCCGGCUCACCGCACCGGCCAGCCAUCUAUUGGCGAUCUCUUCCCGCGCUGCCGGCCUGAGGGACCAGCAGCCGGAGCCGGCGGGGCCGCGCCCGAGGUGGUCGUUCUUGACGCGAGCCUAAAGGGCGCGCCUUUGCCACCGGAGUCUUCUGCCCCCACCGGCCAGUCGGGCCUGGCCGUGCCGCCUCCGGCUUCGGAGCCGACGAGGGAGGAGCCGGCUCGUCCGGCCGAUGCGGACGCCAGGGCGCUGGUGAAGGCCAAGGGCCCGGCGCAGGCGCCUCAGGCUCCCCCGCAGCCGCUGGUGAGCCUCCAUGUCUCUCCAGCCGCCUCGCUGCUGAACGUUGUGUUUGCCCCCGACUCCAGCCUUGGCUCUGUCGGCACCAUGGAGAAGGAGUGGCGUGAUGCCGACGUCCACGAGGUGACCAGCCGGGGCAGGAGCAAGGGGAUGGCAUCCAUGGAGAUGUUCUUCUCUGACUUCCGCGCCUUCGCCAAAGCCUCCGCCGCUGAGGCCGACAACCGCCUGAAGCGGGUUGAGCAGGUUAACAAGUCGGUCGUUUACAAACGGACCGAGUUGUACAACCGGCUAGUGGCCAGCUAUCACAAGGCCAAGGUUGAGCGCGCUGACAUGGCCCGUGAGCUGGAGGUUGCCCAGGCUGCUGCUGCCCGAAUCCCUCAGUUGGAGGAGGAUCUCCGAGCCGCCCGCGCGCAGUGCGCCGAGAGUGAGAAGGCGGUAAAGGUGGAUGAUCUCAGCAGGCGGCUGGAUGAGGUGGGCGGGCAGUGCCGGAAGCUUCGAGAGGAGGUGACCUCCAAGUCCGAGGAGCUGACGGCGACGGCCAAGCGCUGGGUGGAGGAGAUCAGCGCGCUCGACCGCGGUUUGGUGGCGGCUUUCCCCGAGGCACAGCAGGCGGCGCUGGAUGCGGCCGGCAAGGCGCGGGAGGCCCGCCGGCAAGCUACCGGCGAGACGAGCUCGCCGCACUUCUCCAUGGACGACUAUCUGGCUUCCAUGGCCGCCCGCGUCGAGCCGAUCACCAUGCUAGGCUACGAGCUUCGGCAGUGGCUCGAGAACGCGCCCGACCGUCUGCUCGACUGGAAGGAGUCGGCUGCGCGCGCUGGGGCUAACAUGGCCCUCUCCUUCGUGGUCUCCUGGUACGACGAGGUGGACCUCAACCAGCUGGAGAACCGGCGGGCCAGCGUGGAGGAUUUGCUCAGAGCGGAGACCAAAACCCGCCGGCUUGCUUGGGCUUGCGCCAUCGCCGACUUCAUCAACAAGGGCAUCUUUGUUGAGGACCCGAAUCCACCUGAAGAGGAGGAGGAGGCCGAAGACGAGGACGUGGCGGACGCAGAGGAUGCACCAGAAGCGGACCCGAUGUAG